AUGGCAAGGAGGCGGCUAUUGUUGCUUUUAAAACCUUUUGACAUAUACCAACUUGGCCAAUCGAACGGCAUCUCUCCCAUCACCAAUUCUCAGGUUUUUCGUUAUCUAGAUAACAGGCGUAAGGUUCACAAGGAUGCUAUAAACUUCUGUCAGGAUGUUUUACGAAAGAAAUCAACAGUUACUUGGGAACCCAUUUUACGUACAAAUUUGUCCCAACCAAUUCGGAAUUUUGAUUUGGUUGUUACUGUUGGUGGUGAUGGAACUCUUUUACAAGCAAGUCAUUUAUUGGAUGAUUCAAUUCCAGUUCUAGGAGUGAACUCAGAUCCCACACAAAUCGAAGAGGUGGAGGAAUUCAGUAAUGAAUUUGAUGCUAAUAGGAGCACUGGCUACCUGUGUGCGGCAACUGUCCAGAAUUUUGAACAAGUAUUAGACGACAUCCUAGCUGGUCAAAAAGUCCCUUCUAAACUGUCCAGAAUAUCAAUAAGUGUAAAUUCACAACUGCUGUCUACGUAUGCCCUGAAUGACAUAUUGAUUGCACACCCUUGUCCUGCUACAGUUUCACGUUUCUCAUUCAGAAUUAGGAGGGAUGGUGAAUCAUGUAGCCCAUUAGUGAACUGCCGAUCAAGUGGUCUGAGAGUCUCAACUGCUGCUGGAUCAACAGCUGCAAUGCUCUCAGCGGGUGGAUUUGCGAUGCCUGUUUUAUCUGAGGAUCUUCAAUAUAUGGUGAGAGAGCCCAUUUCACCUGGAGCAACCAUUGGCUUAAUGCAUGGAAUGAUUAAAUCAGAUCAGUCCAUGAAGGCCUCAUGGUUUUCCAAAAAGGGAUUAAUAUAUGUUGAUGGUUCUCAUGUUUUCCAUCCUAUCCAGCAUGGGGAUACCAUUGAAAUGUCUUCCAAGGCCCCAGUUUUGAAAGUUUUUUUGCCUCAACAUUUGUUAACAGUUAACAAAGAACAUGUGAACGGAGAGUGUAAAUACCUGUAA